UCGAACACAGAGCGCGCGGGCAUGGCCGCAUGCAUCAACACGUAGAAACCGACUAGCUAGUAGAUCGAUGGGUAGCGCAGCUUCACAGCACAAGACGAAAGAAGUCUUCAUCCGAGUCGGCGAUUCCGUCGAAAAGAUGGUGUUCACAACCGGCUGCUCUACGCGAGACUUCAAAGACCUUUUGGCGUCAAUCGCAGGAGUGAGUAGAUGGUCGCGCAUAGUCUUGCAGACGUCUGAUGGCGAUCACGUUGCCAUCUCGCCGACGAUUCCGAGCAAUGCGAAGAGUGAGCCCUAUUUACUGACUGUACUAGCAGAGGACUCAGUUGAUAAGGAAACGUUUGGUGAAGUGCUGGAAAGGGUGGCCGAACAGUUUUCCAAUGCAUUUCAAGUUGCCGAAAUGAAGCAAGAAAUGAAGAAGAGACUCGGCGAGUUGGAAAAGCAGGUACACGCUGACGGCAUGAAGCUGGUAGAAGUUGAAAAAUGCAAACGAGAACUCUCUGAAGUUAGACAACAAUUACGUGAAGGGCCUGUGGGUCCAGCUCGCUGUUACAAUUGUGCUUCUGCUCCUGAUGGCUUGCCAUCUCCUCGACGAGACAUUCCCACCUACUCGAAGUAUACGUUAUCUGCUGAAACUAUGGACUACCUGAAGAAGCCAACAUUUGAUAUUUGGCACUGGGAACCAAAUGAGAUGCUGUCGCUGCUAGAGCAUAUGUACAACGAAUUGGGGCUCGUCGAAGAGUUCAGUAUCAAUCCCAUUGUACUAAAACGAUGGCUCCAAACUGUACAAGCGAACUAUCGCAACAAUCCGUUUCACAACUUUAGGCACUGCUUCUGUGUUACACAGAUGAUGUACGGGAUGAUUCAUCUGUGUAACCUUGAACGGUUCAUGAGUCGUACAGAUUUGGGUACACUCAUGACUGGCUGCAUUUGCCAUGAUCUCGACCACCCUGGCUACAAUAAUGCUUACCAGAUCAAGGCACGAACAGAGUUGGCAAUUCGUUACAACGACAGUUCACCGCUCGAAAAUCAUCACUGCUCGGUCGCCUUUCGUAUCUUGGCCAUUCCGGAAUGCAACAUAUUUACUAACGUGCCUGAGAGCAAAUUUGCAACCAUCAGAUCGGGAAUUAUUCGAUUAAUAUUGGCAACAGACAUGGGGAUACAUCACGAGCUGCUUAGAGAUUUUCAAGAGCGAUUAGAUACGUUUUCGUACACUGAACAAAAGGAUAUGGAGAUGCUACAAAUCAUGCUCAUCAAAUGUUGUGACAUUUCAAAUGAAGUCCGACCCAUGUCAGUGUCAGAACCAUGGGCCGACUGUCUUCUGGAGGAAAACUUCCAACAGGGUGAUAGAGAGAAAAGAGAAGGUCUUCCUGUUGCUCCCAUGAUGGACAGAGACAAGAUUUCUAAACCUCAGGCUCAGGCUGGCUUUAUCAAGGGCAUACUGAUACCAUUGUUUGAAUCAGUUGCUCAACUGUAUCCACAGUUGGAGGACGCAAUGAUCGCACAGUUACGAAGGGCGCUGGAACGGUACGAGUCACAGAACACACUUGAGACAUGCCUGGAAGACAACAAAGUCACAAAGGAACAGCUGAAGCAACAGAUCCGCUCGUCACACAAGGACAGCAAAUGUUCGCGAGCAUCCGAUGAAUUUGAACCGGUGUGACAGUGCCAGCUGAAUUGAUAUCAAUAAUAUUGUACAGAUAUCAACUAUUAUUAUUUAUUAUUGGAAUUAAUGUAGAGGGCAGAUUUGUUUGCUGACUAGCAUGCAAGACUGCACAUGCAUGUGCUGUACUUUUCUCUUGUUGACAAGCUUUGCAUUUAGCAAAUUGCAGUAGUCAUUGCAAAUCACGGCUUAUACGUCAAUUGCGAGCAAUUUAUCAAUUAA